UGGCAUCACUACCAGCCCCAAUGCAAUUGUCAAUAAAACACAGUCUUCAUCCGCAAGAACAUUACAAAUGGCGUCGAAUGGGGCGGCGGGUGCUUUUUCGUGAGUUUUCUGUUGAAAAUGCUUGUGAAUCGUCCGUGUCGGUGCACCUGUAGUGAUAUUAGUGGAUGAAGUGUCGUGGAAAACUAACAAGUUGCAUAGAAUAGUGAUAUUAAGUGCUGAAAAUUGCAAAUGAAAAAAUGGGUGUCUGAGCAAGUCAAUUCAUUACACUUUUGUGGGAGAGAACGGCGGAGUGUGAGAUUUUCAUCCUCUGCGACUUUCUUCACGGGUAGCCGUUGGUCGGAGUGAGAAUUUCGAGUCGACCAGUUUUUGUAAAAAGAUAUUAUAGGCAAAUAUGAAGCAGAUAAACGUCUCUGUGGUGGGCCUGUCCGGCACCGAGAAGGAGAAGGGGCAAAUGGGUGUCGGCAAGUCAUGCCUAUGCAAUCGUUUCAUACGUCCAUUAACUGAUGAUUACUUUAUCGAUCAUAUAUCGGUGCUGAGCCAGACGGAUUUCAGUGGGCGCGUGGUCAAUAAUGAUCAUUUCUUGUAUUGGGGCGAAGUGAAGAGAAAUUCCGAGGAUGGAUCUGAAUAUAAUUUCCACAUUAUUGAACAAACCGAAUUUAUAGACGAUGCAACAUUUCAACCCUUUAAAGUUGGCAAGAUGGAGCCCUAUAUCAAACGUUGUGCAGCCACGAAAAUAGCUUCGGCCGAGAAAUUGAUGUACAUAUGUAAAAAUCAAUUGGGAAUUGAAAAGGAGUAUGAACAGAAGUUGUUGCCUGACGGACGGUUGAAUAUCGACGGAUUCAUUUGUGUAUUCGACGUCAGUCCUGUUCCUAAUCGGUCAAUUGAGAAACAAGUCGAAUUUGUUCACAAUGUCAUAAUGAGUUUGCUUAAAACCAAAAAGCCUAUCCUACUUGUAACAACGAAAAACGAUGAUGCCAAUGAGUCUUAUGUUCGUGAAGCGGAGAAAAUUUGCCAAAGGAAAGAAUACAAAGGUGCCAUCCAGCUGGUAGAGACAUCGUCGCAUGAGUCUAUAAAUAUUGACCUGGCAUUCAUACUCCUGGCGCAACUUAUAGACAAAUGUAAGAAUCGAACUAAAAUCACGACGUAUCAAGAAGCGGCACGAACCCGCAAGGAACUCUUAGAUAACCGAACGGAAGCAGUUACACGUCUGAUUCGAACUCAAAUUACCGACUACCACACGCUAUGGUCGCAUGGCUCGAAGAUGCUUUCCCAACAUAAGGAAUGGAUGGACUUCCUGGACCUAUUUGGCCAGGAAGCCGGACAACGAAUCUUUCGCAGGCAUAUGAAAAAACUUCGAGAUGACCAUCUGAACCGACGACUCAAUCAAUACAUGGACGCAUUUGCAUGUGCUCUUCAGGAUAUUGUGCCAGACAUCAACACACUGAAUAUUGAGAUAGAUGGUGAUUGGAAUUCGGUUAGGAAUUAUCUAAGAAAUCAUGUUGACUUCGAUCAAUACUUCUUUGAUUGUCAACGCGCUAGUUGGACGGAUUUGAUAGAUUGCAGUGAUUUGGAAGAUGAGGCCCGGAUACCGUUUGUUGUACUCGAUACGCCCGAAGCGGAAACUGUAUUCAAGAAUCAUGUGAAUGCGCUGCAGCAGGAGCAGAAACGCCUGGAGAUGCCAAAAAGAUGGAAGAAGCAAUUCAAAAAGCUGUUGGAAGAAACAGGUUACGUGACGCCGGGCAAACAACUAUCAGAAGUCAGAGUCCUUUUCAUGGGGCGUGAAUGCUUCGAAGCACUUUCUGAGCACGACUGCCAGCAGAUCUAUGAUAAUCAUCAACGGGAAAUAAUUGAAAAAGCCAAGCAUAAUUUCUUGGAGUUGCUCUUGGAACACGCUGACCUAUUUCAGCAUUUUAAAAAUAUUGAACCGUCCGGAACCAUUACUCAAGACGACAUCAAGCAGAUAACUGAAGUGUUACAAGAUGAUAUCCGCUAUAAAAUGCUUGACAGAUUGGAUCAGGAUCGUAAGCUGAUGUUGUUCCAGCACUUGGGAUUUGUGCAUUGCCCUAUUCGUGAGCAUUGUCCGGCGUUCCCGAACUGUAUGGACGCCCUCAUUGAGAGAAUAAUGACUGGAAAUAAGGCUCUUAGUUUAACAUCAAGUCAGUGGAAAUCAUCGCAAGCCAGCGAGAGUGUGUUGAACCUUCUAAUUUUGGGCGCCGAGCAUUUAGCUAGUGAUCUUUUAAAUGAUAUAAGAAUAAGUUGUGGUAGUGAUGGCGAAUACAUAUACGAUAAUCAAACGUACUAUUUGAAUUAUCGCAUUGUGAAUGGUGAUAUGGAAUCGUUUAAGUCAAUUGAUUUUCAGUCCAGUGGUCUGAUAUGCGUUUACUCGAACCAACAAUCGUUCGAAAGCCUGAAAGACAGUCUGGAACGUAGUUUGUUGUGCAACCUCGAACUGGAGGACAAGUUCGAAAAUCUUCCCAUCGUUUUAGUCUACCAGCCGCAUGACCUCAAAGAAAACGAAAUAGACUACCUUCGAGCCGAGGGCCAAAGACUGUCCGACCUAUUACAUUGCGAAUUCAUCGACACGUUGAACUUCUAUCGACAUCGGCAAUCACAGCAUCAAAACCAUGUCUAUGACAUAUUGAACCAUCUUAUCGUGUGCAUCCGAAUGUCAGAUCCAAAAUCAGAUGAUUCUUAUCAACCAGACCAGCCCGAUAUCAGAAUAAUUCUUGCAAUGUUCUGUGGCGACCCAUAUUCCGUAGAAAGCAUAAUAAAUCCCCUUUUAUCGGAAUCUACCUCAUGCAUAACUCCUGAUCGAACCAUUCUAGUGGAUACGUUUCUGGGUGAAUCGAAACGGCGGGUAGAAUUCAUAGUGUCGUCUUAUCACGGGGCGAAUGCUUAUCGCGAUGAUUUGAUUCAUGGUUUUGUGAUGCUUUACUCAACAAAACGACGUUCAUCUUUAGCCAAUUUGAAUGCUUUCACCAUGAACAUAGUCAACAUGCCGAUGCAAAUAAUAGCCAUUACCGAUGGAGGUGGUGCCAAUGCAUUCUUUAAUAACGAUCUUAGCCAACUGUUGAUCACAGAGGGAAAUUCAAUAGCUGACAGAUAUAGGGCCCAUUUUAUGACUUCUACUGCUGGGGCUCAAUUGAAGUUCGCUUUCUAUACACCAUUCCUGAAGAAAGUAUGGGAUCGAAAACCAGAAAUCGAACAGCUUCACAUGGAGGAACCCGUCACCCUGGACUCGGGCGAAGGUACUCUUGAACAUUCCAUGCAUCACUUGCCACAACCCCCACCACGUCAUGAGAGCUACAUGCUGAAGAACACGGCCGGAACGGAUGGAUCAGGAAGUGAGAAUUACGAGCACUUGCCGACGCGGUCCCUCAACUCAUUAAAUGGUCCGGAUGAUAGUAUUAAACUUAAUUUGAACGAAAACAACGACAAAUAUCGUCAUUUAUAUAUGUUAGGCGAAAAAGACAUAUCGAUGGACGACACCUAUGAUGACGACAAGGACGAUGAAAAGGCUCGGCUGUUGCAUCAAGGAUUCCAGAUAUAUCCACCACCAACAACACCUCCUGAACCAGCUCCUCCAGAUCAUCAUAUGGCCCCCUCUUCUAUAAUGAGACAAUUCAAGGGGAACUUAGUUUCGGCUUCGCAAUCCAGCCUAGAUGAAAUAACAUCUGAUGUGAGUGGCUCCAAGGAUUCACUAACGACACAUGAUUCAGGCUGGCUGGACGACGCCCUUUUCAUAAACCGUGAUCCCGAGAAACAUGACACCAGAAGCAGCAUCCGGCGAAACAUCAUCUGGAACAACUUUGGAUCAAACCACCACGCAUUCACAACAGGCCGACGCCAGAACGAGACCAAUUUCGGAAACCGCGUCCGCCCAAAGGGACCUAGUCAGACUCUUAAGCAACCUGGAAAACUGAAUCUGAAGAACUUCCAGCUUGUUAGUGAUGCUGUCGCCCGGAUGAACGUUAACAGCGACACCAACUUGGCCGAAGGUGAUAACAAAAAAGUUAUAGGUAUUAGUAAUAAAUCGUCAAUAUUUGAUCAUGCUCCCCUCGCUGCACCCGAAGAUGAUUCAGACGAACUGGCUGAAUACGCGCAAAUCAAGGAAGUGUACAGUGGUGGUGGGGAUCAAGGUAACAAUGAUCAAAUGUAUCCAAUGCCACACGAUUUGACUCCAAGCAAGUCUAAGUCUAGACACCGACGGGAUAAAGAACAAAAAUAUUCAGAGUCGGACAGUGAUUCUUCUUCAUCUGAACGAAAAACAAGAGGCUACGAUGGAUACUAUAAAAUGAAUCGCAAACCGCAAACGCACAAGCGAAUCCGUAAAAAACGAUCUGGUAUCCCAGUACAGCCUCCAAAAGUUCCUCCAUUUGGAACAUUCGUCAGCCCGCCGGAAAUCCCGCUACAUUACCAGAAGCUAAAAACCUUGGAAAAAGCUAAGUCUGUUCAUUGUGACGUGCAAGAGGAGGAAAGCAGCAUUGACGUGUCAUCUCCGCGUGAUAAUUCACCAAUCUUUGGUGUCCUUUCAACUUUGCCGGGAGACAACGAUCGCGAUAAACUUCUCGAUUUGAAGCGCGAAAAGCAAAAUAGCAAAACCUGGAAGGAUGAUGAGAAACAAGAGAAGCGACGAGCUAAGGAAGAACAGGCGAAAUUACGAAAACUUCACGAAAAGGAGCAGGACAAGAAAUCUAAGAGGAAAUCGAAACAACAGAAUUCCAAAAGUGGUACUACAAAUGUGCCAGAAACAUUGGAACAAGUACUAUUGUCGUUGCCAGAGUUCAUGCAGUCUGACAAGAAUCAUAUCCCGAUUUUCUUACAUAAAUGUGUACAAUUCAUUGAACAAGAAGGUUUGGAUUCGGAAGGAAUUUACAGGGUGCCUGGAAAUCGCGCACAUGUCGAUUUAUUAUUUCAAAAACUUGAAGAAGAUCCAAACGUUAAUAUUGAUGUGUUAGACAUUCCGGUGAAUGCCGUAGCCACCGCACUUAAAGAUUUCUUCUCAAAGAGACUUCCUCCCUUGUUCGAGGCUGACCUCAUGACAGAAUUAGAAGAUAUUGCCGGAUCGCGUGGGAUGUCAUCGGCAAAACUGAGCAUGGAAGUCAAAACCGAUCGAAGUUGUCGGCUAAUAGCUCUACGUUCGCUGCUCAAUAAACUACCACCCAUCAACUUUUCCAUUUUGAAGUUCAUUUUCCAGCAUUUCGUGAGAGUAUCGGAAAACUCUAAACUGAACAGUAUGGAUAGUAAAAAUCUUGCCAUUUGCUGGUGGCCGACACUGAUUCCCAUUGAAUUCACGGACAUGGGACACUUCGAGCAACUGCGUCCGUAUCUCGAAGACAUUGUCCAAACGAUGAUAGAUCAGUUCCCGUACUUGUUCUGCGGAAAAGAGGCUUUCGUAAUGGUUUAAUGGUAAGCGAGUAAGGGGAAGGUGUGAAGCAAAUAUGACUACUAUAAUUUAAUGGAUAAACACCCUUUAAACCAUAUUAAACAUAUUUAUGCUAUAUGUACUAACUGUGAAACGAUGUUGUUUUAUAUUAAGGAUAAAUAUUAUGAUUGUAUGUAAGGAGAAAGCAAAUAGUUGUAAUUUGAUAUAAACGAUAUAUUUAUAAACGUAUGAAUAACGCAAGGUAUGGACAAGGAUAACUUGAAGAAACCAUAAGAAGUAUAGACACGCACAAAUAAGCGAAACUCUAAUUUAAUGGCAAGAAAAAAGAAUCACUGCAAACAUUAUCAAUUAGGGAAAAAAAAUCCAGACAAGUAUUUAUAUUUAUUGCUUAGUUCAAUGUUUUGUACGUACCUAAGAGUUUUUGUGAGAUCAGGCAGUGCUCUGAGUUGAGGUUCUCUUCAGCACUUGCGUUAUAUGUGAAGUAUCGAUUAUGUGAAUGUGAUUAAUUGUAUAUAUUUUGCCCUACCUAAAUCGCAACGGUUCUACGCAGAGAAGUAACUUAUUUAUUGUGAAAGUACUCUUGUUUGGCGCAGGCCAUAAUGUCAAAUCAAACAUAGACUACAGCUGCAGCACAGGACACUGCUCUCAUCAAAAUUGUCAAAUUGGAGCUUAAUCCCUUUGCAUUCAAUCGCCACUCCUCAAAUUUGUUUGUUGUUCCUUUAGGUACCUAAUCAUUGCUUUGUGAGUUUCAGAGGAAGCCCAUUUCAAAAGUAACUCUUACUAAUAGAUAGAAGACAUGUUAUGUAGGCAUGAGUGAAUAGUAAAAUUUGAUACAUUUCUACGACAAAGAUGAGGACUAUGGAAUCACUGUGUCCCGCAUUAGUUACUGUAUCAGACCUGAAUUCAUCCACCCGCUAAGACAAAAUCAAUUGUUAACUAAACGAGCAGACUAGAAACUCCACGAUUUUAUGACGAUUGUAAAUAUUAUAUUCUUUUACUCAACAUUGCUCCAUUUCCAACCAAGUUCAAGCAUUUACAAUUUCACCUGCACGAAAUGCGUGUAUGAUCUUGUGUUUGUUAUUUUUUAAAGAUUUAAUUGAGCGACAUUUUAAGAUUAAUAUAAAAUAAAAUAUUUGUAUAAAAAGGAAAUAGGAUAUAAUCGAACAUAAAUUAUAAUAUAUUUUUUAUUUUUUUAGAAUGAGCAAGAGCAAAUCUUUAGCGAUAAAUAGAAUUGUAAAGCAGAAAGGACUAAUAUACGCAGAAAGUAAUGGUAGAAACUAACCUGUCGUGAUAUAUAUAAGUACGGUGGAGAAU